AACGCGAACAUAUAUUGCGCGCCAUUGUCCUUUUCCAUAAUCUCAAGUCCUGAAAUUCAAUUCAAAAUUCUUCUCACAUUCAGCAAACACACCCAUAAACAUAAAGUGAUAAAACGGUCACUCUACUCCUCCAUCCUCUCUCUACUCCUCAGUCUCCAUUCUCAUCAACAAUUUUGCAGCAGGAAAUGCGAACUCAAUUUCUUACUACCGACUACUUCACCACCAACCAAACCCUAACAUUUCUUCGCCUCCCUCUCUCUCAUCAUCCUUCUCCUCCCAAUUCUCUCUCAUCCUCCGAUGAACUUCUUCGUUGCUGCACUGAUUCGUCCGCCAUUGCCGUUUCUCUCCAACUUCAAAACCUUCCUUUCGAAGAUGCUCUCUCUAAGUUCUACUCCGAUGUUCUACCUCACACAAUCGACGCUUGUUCUGGCGAUUUUCCUAUCACCGAAUUUCAAAUUUCGGAGGAAGAUGCAGUUCCAUGCUCUGAGGAAAAGGAAGCUCAAAGCUGUCCAUCUUUUCAUCCUGAAACAUUAGAGAAUCAAUUUGCAGAGGGGAGAAGUGAGGACACUAUUGGUGAUAAGCGUGACAAGGAGGCUGUGAUUAUCCAGUUUGAAACACCAGAAAUGACCCAAUAUCUGGAAAAUGUAUGCAUGCCUGAGAAAGAUGAAGUUCAAUUACUGUCAGAAUUGCAAGACUGUAAUGAUGAUAUGGAAAUGCUCAACCGUCUGUGUACAGAUCGAUAUGAUCUUGAUAUUAAUGAUCCUGUGAACUCGGUUGAUGUUAUGUGUGUAGACUAUGAUAUGACACUAAAGCUUCACAUACCGGAUGAAGUUGAUCUCUUGCCAAACAAUAUUCGUCUCUGUAGCACCACACCACCUUUUCUUGAAAUAGAAGAGAUUGCACCAGAAGAAUUUGCAUGCCUUCGGUUGGAAGACGAAUGGGACUCUCUGUUUGGAUCCUGUGAAGAACAAAAUUCUGCUCAUAGUAUUGACCUGGAACUUUGUUGCCAAGAUAUGCUUGUCUCUGUGGAAAUCGAUAUUUUGGAGCAUAUUUCUGAUAGUCACUCAUCAAAGCUGUCCCUUGAAUUUUGGUUUACAAGCCUGAAUAUGGAUCAAGAUAUUAAUCUCCUACAACUUAUAGAUACUCCUUUUAGAGAGAAAAACACUGAAUUGGUGGAUGCUUGCCCUAUUCCCUUUGCCGAUGCAUUGUUGUAUGAGGAAGUUAGGAUGCUUGAUCUGGACUCCUAUGACAUUUUUGAGGCACAUGCCACUUGGCAAACAACUGAAGAAACCGACCUGUGCAAUAUGCUUCACGACAUGCCCUUAGAAAGUUUUGAUGAACUGGUCGUUAAUUGCGAGCUAGCAAUUAUUGAUGGCACUUUCACAUCACUGCCUGUCCCCGAUCUCAUAGAUGAUGAGAAGAUCUGGUCAUUACAUGUAAUUUUUGAUAAAAUUUUCACUGAACUUGAACCAGUUCCCCUGUCCACCUCGGAUGAAAUUUAUUUGGAUUGGCAUGUUUUGGGAAGGGAUGAAUGCAAUGGGGAUAUAAAUGCUGCUAUUGAGAAGGUGUUCAAUGAUAUUGAAGAUUAUACAAUGGUUUCUAACGUGAAAUUUUAUGAUGACAGCAUGCUAGUGCUUGACCUUCUUUUAUUAGAUGGUCCUUCAGAUGGACUAAAUACAAGAGAGAACAAGGUAACGAUGCCUUCUGGAGUGAGCUCUACAGUAAAAUAUCAGAAUGAUAAAGUCACAUCAGUGAAGACACCAGAAGAGGACUGCCAAAUCAUAGAAAUAAAAAAUCUUACAGAUGCUGAAAUUGAGAAGUUUGUAUCCAGCAAGUUGUCUGAUGAUGAUUGUCAAAUCAUAGAGACUGAAGGAAUAUGUGAUGAUGAUAUUCAUAAAUUAGUUUCAUCUGUUGAGUCGAUACCUCAGUUCAAUGAUCUAGAUUUUUUCUUAAAUCCCAAAAAAGCUACUGCUGGUAUGAGAAGUGGUCAGAAAGUCACGCCACUAGAUGCUAAAUCUAUGCUCUGCAGGGGUCCUCACAAGAAAGCAACAUCCCCUUCAUGCAGCAUUCAUAUGCAGCAGUCUGAUAUACGAUUGCAUAUGGUUAUCUUGCCUGCUAAUAUCAACGUCCUUGUUGAUAAACUUCACCAAAGUUAUCUGGAAAUUCUUAGGGAUGAUUUAAAACUGAGCAAGACCGAAUUCCCCAAAUUAAGUUUUAGUGAUAUGAACUUGCUCAAACUUUCAGAAGAGAAGCUCAUGGAUCACCUGAACAGAUUGUCACUGCAUAAAUCUUUUAGUGGUGAUGUGGAUGACAAUACUUUGAAUUUUGUCACCUUGUGUGCUAUCAAACGAAUGACGUGGUGCCUAUGUUUUUGUGGUAUCUACAGCCUCCAUCUCUUUGUUUACAAACUGUUUCAGAGACUGGGUUCUCUUAAACCAAGAUUAAGCUUUCUUCAUUCCUUGAUUGAGGAUGCUUAUUGGGUUGUAGAUAAAGAUGUAACCAAGUCUCAUCCGUCACUUGCCACUAUCAAGGAAAUUUUGCUACAAAAUGAUAAUAGAAAAAGGAGAGUAUUGAUUAUAGCUCAGCAAGCUCUAUGGGAACCACUGAAGAGGCUGUUGGCUUCCGUGGACAUACUAUUUGCUGAAUUAGAUCUCUCCAUGCAUGAUAAUCAGCCAGAUCACUUGCAGACAACAUGUUUGUUGGUGCCACAUGAGUAUAUAUCUCCAUCAAUCCUAGUGCAAGAAUUUGAAGUUAUCGUGGAGUAUGGAGGUCCAAGUGGGUUUUCCAAAGUGUCAACUCUUUACCAUGAGUACAUUGGCUCUAAAAAACUACAUUUUUUGAAGGUUGAGCUGGAUGACGUUGCCAAAGCACUCUGUGAAGGUGUCAUUGUCACUUCAAAUGAUAGAGAUACAAUUAAAUUGGAAGAGCUAUUGAAUUUUGGACCUAUCAAGGGGAAAGGCAAUAAGAUAUCUCCCGAAGCUUCAAGUGGUACAAAUACAUUCGAUAUGCCUAUACAUGUUUCUAGCACAGCUCAAGAAUUUAAACCACAAAAGCGCUGUGAAUUAUCUUUCCCAGAUAUGAUCAUUAUCGUGAACACUCAAAAUGUUGAUAAGGAGAUGAUAAUCUCUCGGAGGAGCACAUACCAGAAGAUCUUAACUAUAGAGAAGAGAGGAGUACAAGUUGUAGAGAGGGAUCUAAUUCUGCCUGUUGAUAUAAUAAUCAAUUCUACUAUGUGCAUAGUAUGGUAUGACUGCAAAAAUAUUGGAAAGAAAGCCAGUUCUCAAGAUGAGGGCGCUUCAAGCGUUCCUCUCUGCAUGGAGAAUAUAGCAGCAAAUGUACUGACGUCUCUUAGUUUUGCAUUCACUACCUGCAUUCUGAUAUUUGAGGGAGACAUCAACUUCCUUAGUCCUGUAAUGGAAUCAGCAGAUGAACUGUAUGCAGCAGCAGCUAGUCUUGGCACUUAUUUACAGAUCUUCUGUUCCAAUUCAUUUGAACUGACAGAAGAAAUUAUAUUGAAUUACAUUGGGCAUUCAGGGAACAUGUAUAAAGGGUUACUUUCUCGAGUUCCUGAAUCAGAGACACUCGCUGAAUCAUUCCUCACUAUGUUCCCUUCUAUUAAUCCACUCUCAGCACAUGCAAUUAUCACUAGUGGAUGCGUGCUCUUGGAGUUCCUUGAGUUGACAGCUGAAGGGAGGGUCCAAAUACUUAGAAAAUAUCAUGUACCUGAUGAAAGUGUUAAUCUUUUCUCUGCCUUGUGCAAAUACGGAGAACGGGAAGAAUCCAAGUCUGGAGUGACCGACUGUUCUUCCUCGGUAUCUUCUCCUCCUGAUUCAGGAAAUUUUAUUGGAAGAGUCAACUCAGAAAAUAGAAAAAGAAAAUUUGUUUCAGGUUCCUGUGAUGCUAUGUAUGACUUCAGAUGUUCAAUACCAUCCAACAACUAUGUAGAUGGUGGAUUGAUGGAUCAGGGAGUGUUGAAGCCAUCGAAAUCAAAGGUCUCUGGAAGUCCUAGUAAAUGUCUACAAGAUAAGCUGCCCGACUUCAUGUUGGAUGAUCAACUGUUUCGUAAUGGAGAUGCACCAGAUACUACCAUAUAUAUGGAUGCUUCUACACCAUGGCAUGAAACAAAUAUCACCAAGGCACCAAAAAUUUCCCAAAUGAAGGAUGAUUUUGUUAGAUCUACCUUACUUGUGAAUGAUGGAUUUUCCAGUCUACAGAAAUCAGGUAGCACAGUUAAAAACUCACGAGAAGAUAAAUCAAUGGACAUUUUCAAGGAUCUGCGUGAAGAUUUUGCUGGUGAAGUUGUAGAUAUUUUCGACAGUUCUUUUUUUGAUGGGGACUUUCAAGUAGAUGGAACAACUGUGAAGUCCUCUCCAAUGGUAUCUAAGACUGUAAAAGAUCAUGCUCCCACAUAUCAUAGGACUGCCAGAAGAUUAUCAUUUAGUAGCAGCAGUGGUCCGGACAUCCCAAUGGCUGAUGCGAUGGAUAAAAGUUGUGGGAUAGAAGAUAAUGGACAGUUGAGGGCAGAUAAUUUUUUUAGUGGGGUAGAAUAUAACUGGAGCAACAUAGACUUUGUUGCCCAAGAGCAACGUGAGGGGACUGGUAGAAGUAUACUGGAAAAAUCCAUGCAAAAUGCAAGUGACCAAUUAUCAGAAGGAAAGAAUGUGCCUUCCUACGGGGAAACACCGCUCUCGAAAGCUAUUCUUUCAGAGCAACUGCGACAAGGUUCACCUUGGACAAUAGAGUUUCUGAACCGUAUUAAGGAAAAGAGGAGGUUACGUCAGCAGAGCCAGCCAUGUGCUUCUGUUCCACGCACUGGUUAUCAUGGGAAAGUCACAAAAGCGACAAAGAGAAGAAGCCCAUCAAUUCUUGAAUAUUACAAAUACCAGAGUAACAGCACGCCUAGAAAGUUAGCUGAGCAGAAAAAGGACAAGAAGCAUGCUCAGCUGCAAAAUGAGAAGCCUUCAGGAUUUUACCCAACUUGGACUCCAAUUGACAAAAGAGCAAGACGGAGUCUAUCUUAUGCAACAAAUGGAACUGGAAGCCAAACUAAGCUUGUUUGGAGUGAUAACACCACUUGUUGUCAGGACAGAAAAUUUUCAGGUCGAGUAUGAGAUAUCUGAAGAGUUGCUAAUCAUGACAGUGUGUUUAGGGAGCAUCAUACAUUGAUUGUAAGUAAAAGACUACAGUGUUUGAGGACUUAAUCGGCAAGGAGAUUGUGGAUGGUGUUGUUGCCUCGACAUAGUCUGCA